AUGCGAUCGGGUAGUCGGACCAACGCGAUGUUGGCGUUGGUGGCGCUGUGUCUCGCCGCGAUCAUCGGCGCGAUUCAUGGAUUCAACGUCGACACCAAGAAUGUCGUUGUUCACCAUAUGGCCAAUAGCUACUUCGGAUACUCACUCGAUUUCUACAACGAGCAGAAAGGGAUGCCAAUUCUGGUGGUCGGCGCUCCGGAAGGCGAAUCAACGAACCCGAAUUUGGCGGGCAUUCGGCGACCCGGCGCUGUGUACGCGUGUUCGGUGAACCGGGCGACCUGUCGGGAGGUGCACGUCGACAAGCAAAAGGGCAACUUGCGCAAACUCAAUGGCUCAUCGCUGAUACCGAUCGAAGACAAGGCCAAUCAAUUCUUUGGCGCCACCGUCAAAUCGAACGAUCGUCACGACAAACUAUUGAUGUGCGCACCGAAAUACAAGUAUUUUUAUUCGAAAUUCGAGGUUAUCGAGCCGGUGGGCACCUGCUUCUACGCCGAGCACGGAUUCGACAAAACUGAGGAAUUCUCGAGUUGCAAGCAAGAGCCGGCUCGUCACGGACGCCAUCGUUUGGGCUACGGUCAAUGCGGCUUCUCGGCGGCGAUACCCGGAAAGACGGGUCUCGAUCGGGUGUUUGUCGGCGCGCCCGGCGUUUGGUAUUGGCAAGGCGCGAUAUUCUCGCAAAACACUCGAAAUGCCACCGAUCGGCCGAACACCGAAUAUGGAAGCAAGGAGUAUGAUCACGACAUGAUGGGUUAUGCGACCGCCACCGGCGAUUUUGACGGCGAUGGCGUCGAUGACAUCGUCGCCGGUGUUCCACGCGGCAAUAAUCUUCAUGGAAAGCUUGUGCUUUACACAUCGAAACUCCAAAUGUUGGUGAAUUUGACUGAUGGUCUUUCCACUCAACACGGCCAAUAUUGCGGAGGAGCUGUGGCAGUUACUGACGUCAAUAAGGAUGGGCGUGAUGACAUCAUUAUGGGAUGCCCAUUCUACACGGAUUACGGAAGUGUGAAGGACGCGAAAACGCAGGAGAGCAAACCGCAAUACGACGUCGGCAAGAUCAUCGUGUUCCUUCAAACUGCUCCAGGCGUCUUCGGCAAACAGGUCCAAGUCACUGGUGAUGACCAAUGGGGACGAUUCGGAUUCUCGUUGGCUGCCGCUGGAGAUUUGAAUCUUGAUGGAUAUAAUGAUGUGAUUGUUGGUGCUCCAUAUGCUGGAAAGAACAAACAAGGCGCCGUGUAUGUGAUUCAUGGAUCAAAGGAUGGCGUUCGAGAGAAGGCAACACAGAAAAUCGAAGGUGCUUCGAUUGGAAGCGGCAAGGCGAAGAGCUUCGGAUUCUCGGUUGCCGGAGGUGUCGACGUUGAUGGAAACGGAAUGCCAGACAUCGCUGUAGGUGCUUGGAAGACUGGAAAUGCCGCUGUUCUUCUCACGAAACCAGUUGUCACUGUCACCGGACAGACCGAAGCCGAAUCAGCAUUGAUCAACGUUGAGGAGAAGAACUGCGAUGUCGAUGGAAAACUUGGAAAACAAGCUUGCCGUCACAUUAACACUUGCUUCCGCUAUGAAGGCAAGGGAGAUACUCCAAAUGAUCUCGAGUUCGACCUCCGAUUUAAUUUGGAUGAUCAUUCGCCGGAGCCACGUGCUUACUUCUUGCAGAAGGAUGUGAAAGCCGACAGAAGCAUCAAGGUUGCUCAAGGAUCAAGAACUAGAGAUCAUCCAUCAUCGAUCGAGCAGAGAGUCCGACUUGAGAAGGGACGUCAAAAAUGCUUCCGCCAUCGAUUCUUUGCUUCUUCUACAAUGAAGGACAAGCUCUCGCCAAUUCAUUGGUCCGUCAAUUACACAUAUGUUGAAUCGAAGACUGGCAAGUUGAGAGGUGACAAACUCGAGCCAGCCAUUGACACCACUGUGCCGCUUUCUUUUGAGAACAAGAUUAACAUCGCCAACAAUUGUGGAGAUGAUGAUUUGUGUGUUCCCGAUCUGAAAGUUCACGCCGUUGCUGAUCGCGAGAAAUUCCUUCUCGGAACCCAAGACAACACAAUGCUUAUCAAUGUGACGGUUGAGAAUGGCGGAGAGGAUUCGUAUGAAACGAAACUCUAUUUCGAUGUUCCACAAGGAUUCGAGUAUAGUGGAAUUGAGAGUGCUGGUGAUGCGAAAACGACGCCCGCUUGUUCGCCAACAUCGAGCGAACCCGAUGAAAACGGAAAAUGGACAUUUGCCUGUGAUCUUGGGAACCCACUUCCAGCGAAUAAGGUUAUCAGCAGUGUUGUCCGCGUUACAGCUUCCACCGAUAAGCCGCCGCUCGAGCCGAUUGAAAUCAACGCCCACGUCAACAGCAGCAAUACAGAAGAAGCGCAUACGACGGCCGAUAAUAAGGUCACUUUCAAAAUCCCGGUCGAUUUCAAGAAUCAAUUGAAUCUCAAUGGACGAUCAAACCCGGAACAGGUUGAUUUCUCGACGAGUAACAAGACAAAUGGAGAAAUGUUUGAUGAUAAUGAGAUUGGACCAGUUGUAUCGCAUUUAUAUCAAGUCAGCAAUAGAGGACCAUCGGAAAUUGAUGCUGCUACUCUCGACAUCUUCUGGCCGUCGUUCUCGACCGAAGGGGGUCAUUUGCUGUAUCUCAUCACUGAGCCCGUUGUGAAUCCACCGAAUAAGGGAAGAUGUCGUGUCAAGCAAAUUCAAAACGUCAAUCCUCUCAAUCUUAGGCUCACCAAUGAGCACGUGCCAACUGAGCCGCCAGUCGCAAGAGCUCCGCACGAAUAUUCGCGAGAGGAAGACGAUGAGUCGUAUGAGGAUGAUGUGACGACACCGCACGAGGAUGAAACCACUCAUUAUUCCGGACCAGUUCACGUCUAUGAAAAGGACGACGAGAAAAUUCGAGCUGGCGGUGGAGGAAACUGGGAAUACGUGGAGAAGAAUGUCAAAAAAGGCGAUUUUGAGUAUAUUCCCGAUGAGGAGUAUGAAGAAGACGAUGAGUUCGACGAGGAUUAUGAGCGUGGUGGAAGCAAGAAGGUCAAAAGAGCUGCUGGAGCUAGUGGAGGAAAGAGGAAGAAGCAAGGAGCUCGACUGAGCACCGACAAGGCGAGAUUCGCUGAUUUGCGUGAAGCCGUCAAAUUGUCGAAGGAAGCUGGUGGAGUGAUCGACUAUAAGGGAAUCGUCUCGAGGGCGACAGUUGACUGCAACUCAUUGAGAUGCACACAUAUUGAAUGUGAUAUUUAUGAUCUUAAAGAAGAGGAAUUCGUGCUAGUCGAGAUAUUCUCAAGACUUGCCACCAACACGCUCGUUGAAGAAAGAAAUCCUGGCGGCGAUAUUUCGUCAUUGGCGGUCGCUCGCGUCACUUCAACUAAAUACAAUCUACCCCAUAAGCCAACGUUGAUCACCGCGGUCUCGACAAAUAUGAACGCGAUCGCUUCCGAUGGCGAAGGACGCGAUUUGCCCUGGUGGCUUUAUCUGAUCGCUGUGCUCAUCGGACUCGCAAUCCUCAUUCUUCUCAUUCUUCUCUUAUGGAGGUGCGGCUUCUUCAAACGCAAUCGUCCGCCAACUGAGCACGCGGAGCUUCGAGCUCAACGCGGCGAACCCACUGAUGCUCACUACGCUGAUGCGAAAAGCCGCUAUGCGACCCAAGACACAUACAAUCAAAGAAGUCACGGACAAAUGCUCUAA